AUGGCGAUGGCCGCGCGGCCACAGACGCCCUCGCAGGAUGCAUACAUGAUCCCGCACCCCAACGAUCCGGGGGCUUUGAGUCGCGGAUACGGCCCGCGCUCUACCCUAUCGCGACCGAAUUCCUUCGCCGGCACAUCCGCAUAUCACUACAGCUCGGGCGCCCUCGAGUCGUCGCAGGUUCCCUAUCAAGGUCGGUUCAAGGAGGACUUUGAUACCGUCAGUCACCGCAGCUCGGUGUUUGACGGCCCUGCUGGAAUGCAGCGGUCUGUCUCCACCAUGUCGCACGCGCGUUCCCCGACCCCGUCCCGUUCGAGCACUUUGCGAAAGAAGGCCUCGCUGAGCAAGAAGGGAAGCCUGCGCCGCAAUGGGAGCCGGAGAAGCAUGCGUGCCGGCAGUGUGAGGAGUCUGAGCUUGGGUGAUCGCGAAAAGUAUCACACAGAUGGUGCCGACGAUAUCAAUAGUGCUUUCACGGUGCCGAUCCCUACCAACAGUAACCCGACCGAAGUGCUAGCAAACCGGUUUGGAGCUUGGCGCAAACUCCUGAAGGACUUGAUCCUCUUUUUUAAGGAGGUACAGAAAUCAUACGAAGCUAGAGCGAAGCUGUUCAUGUCCGCCUCGAGUGUCGUUAAUAACCAGCAUCUUCCACCGGGCUUGCUUACGUCGGGUGGUCUAGCCGAUGCAACGGAGAUUCUCCAGAACUUCCACCGACAGGGUUACACCGAGGCCAAUAAAGCUAUUGAGGUGGAGACCGAGGUGAUCAGCCAAUUGACUGGUCUCCGCAGCGAUCUCCAGAAGAAGACCAAGGAGAUCAAGAGUCUUUCGGGUGAUUUCAAGAAUACUGUCGAGAAGGAGAUCGACGGCACACGCAAGUCUGUACGCAACCUGCACGAGGCUCUUGGACUUGUCGAUACCGAUGCCUCUGCGACAUCAGGCAAAGGCGAUCCGUUCAUCCUGCGUCUAAACGUGGAGAAGCAGGUCGAGAAACAGAUCGAGGAGGAGAACUACUUGCAUCGGGCAUUCUUGAACCUAGAGAACUCUGGUCGUGAACUGGAAGGGAUUGUCGUGAGCGAGAUCCAGAAAGCAUACAAUGCCUAUGCUAGUAUCCUCCGACGCGAAGCCAAUGAAGCUCUUGACACUGUUGAGAAGCUCCAGGCAGGUCCGAUCUCCAUGCCCCAAGAUUUCGAGUGGAACCAGUUUGUCUCCGAGACGGAAGAGCUCGUUGAUCCUCGGAUUCCUCUCCGGAAUGUGGAGAAUAUCACCUACCCUGGCAAGGAUCAUCCGGCAGCUGCCGAAGUCAGGGCUGGGAUGUUGGAGCGCAAGAGCAAGUAUCUCAAGAGUUAUACUCCUGGCUGGUAUGUUUUGUCACCGACACAUCUCCACGAGUUCAAGUCGGCGGAUCGUGUGGCAUGGCAGACGCCCGUCAUGUCGCUUUAUCUGCCAGAGCAGAAACUUGGUUCCCACUCACAGGAAGAUUCAAGCUCCCACAAGUUUAUGCUGAAGGGCCGACAGACUGGCGCAAUGCACCGAGGCCACUCGUGGGUCUUCCGCGCCGAAUCUCAUGAGACCAUGAUGUCCUGGUAUGAAGAUAUCGAGGGCUUGAGCAGCAAGACAGGGGAAGCACGAAACGCCUUCGUCCGGCAGCACGUCCGUAGCGUGAGUGGCAGGUCGGUGAACGAGGUAAUGGAGGACGAUGAAGCCGAUCGCACUCCAUACGCCGCGGGCUCUGCGGUCAUGUCUCAAGACCGACCCACAUCCUCUCGCCAAGCUGGAGGUGCAUUUCCCAGCGACGUCCAAAUUGACCGAAGCAACCAGGCGGCCUUGUCACCUUCCAGCGGGGACAGCUCCGCCGGCAGAGAUAUGCUAGGAGCUGCUGGGUCUUACCCCGAUGGUUCCAGUGCACUUGACGACAGCUUGCGACCAGUAGGUAACCGCGAAGCAGACAACUCUUACCAAAACUACCGGACCGAGGAGACCAAUGAAAGAUCUCGCCCCAAAGUUACCCAACACGAUAGCUACUACGGCGACUGGAUCGGACCGUCCGUGAUAGUGGCCAAGCAGAGGCAGAGCCAGCAGCUGGAAAACUCGACCCCGGAUGACCGCGAGAUCCGGUCUGAUGGAGACCAGGCUUCCCUUGCUGCCAUUUCCGGUGUUGGUAUUUCUGAUCGUCGCGAUCACUCGGCUCCUGCCCAGAUUGAUCGUCGGGAGAGUGUCUCUACGGCGCCUACCAAUACCAAUGCGACUGAGUAUACAAACAAUACCAAUCCUACCUCGGUAGAUGAGCAAGAGCUCCCUAAGAUCCACACCCUUGACCUUGAGAACGGUUACAUGGAUCAAGGUCCCGAGUCGAACGGUGCAGCCAAGAUUCCAUCUGACUUGCUGCGUCCCCACAUUGCCCAUACAGACAGUCUUUCUGCCCUGGACAUGAAGAUCCCUGGUCGUUAUCCUCCUACCAAUGUGGCAGCAUAG